CACUUGUCUGCCAUUCCUUUGAUAUGACAAUCUUGAUACCCACCCCCACAUAAAUAAAUUAGCAAAAAUGGAAAAGGAAAUACGAAAAACCUUGCCCAAAUAAUUGCCGAUCUAGACCGCUCCGGACAACGGUUAAGAUAACACGAGUUGGUGUCUUUCCCUGUCCCCUUCACCUUGAGAUGCCAGUUAUCCACUACCCGAGUACCACUAGGACCACCACACCCAAGACCACCAAACAAAGGUCUCUCGUCACAUUCCUACUCCCGUCACCGCCCGAACCUGCAAGCAGACUCGCGAGCCCCAGCAAGCAAGCAAGCAUCAUCCCCAGACGCAACCUCGCAAUUUUGUAUUCUAUCCGUAGCGGCGGGGGAUCAGCGACAGGUGUUUGUUUAGGUGCUCGCUCGUCAACCUAAUCGAGCCCCCAAAUCUCACUUGUUUUUCUCCUAACCCAGCACCAGCAGAGCCCAGCUUACUCUUCCGAUCCCUGUCAGGGCAGUUAGCCUUCAGCUGGUGGAGGAUCAUGGUGGCCAAGAGCAGGCGACAGGUCGCCAAGCUCGCGCUGCUUGCACUCGCCCUGCUCCUCCUCCUCCUCGCCGCCACCUUGCUGUGCGUCCUCCUGAUCCCGCGCCACCGCCGGAAGCCGCUGCCGCCGGGCCCGCCGCCGGGGAACGCCUCGAACCCCGACGACAGCAUCGUGGCGUUCGACUUCUCCCCGUACCUCAUCAUGUACAAGAGCGGCCGCGUGCACCGGCUGGACGGCACCGCCCGGUGCGCGGCCGGCGUCGACGGGGACACGGGGGUGGCCUCCAAGGACGUCGUCAUCGACGCCGGGACGGGGCUCGCGGCGCGGUUGUACCUGCCCCCGGCGCCCGGCGGGAAGACCAAGGACCUCGCCAGGCUCCCCGUGCUCGUGUUCUACCACGGCGGCGCGUUCGUCAUCGAGUCCGCCUUCACGCCGCUGUACCACGCGUACCUGAACGCGGUGUCGGCCAAGGCGCGCGUCGUGGCGGUGUCCGUGGAGUACCGCCUCGCGCCGGAGCACCGGCUGCCGGCGGCGUACGACGACUCGUGGCGGGCGCUCAACUGGGUGGCCAGGAACGCCGCCGGGUCCGGGCCGGAGCCGUGGCUGCGGGACCGGGGCAACCUGUCCCGCCUCUUCGUGGCGGGGGACAGCGCCGGCGCCAACAUCGCGCACAACAUGGCCAUGCGCGCGGGCACGGAGGAAGGGGGCCUGGACGGCGGCGCCGCCAUCGCGGGGCUCCUCCUCCUGGACCCCUACUUCUGGGGCAAGAAGCCCGUGGCCGGGGAGACGACGGACCGGGCGACGCGGCGGCAGUACGAGGCGACGUGGUCCUUCAUCUGCGGCGGGCGGUACGGCAUCGACGACCCGCUGGUGAACCCGCUGUCGGCGGAGCUGAGGAGGCUGGCGUGCUCACGCGUGGCGGUGACGACGUCGGGCCUGGACGACUUCCGGCCGCGCGGCCUGGCGUACGCGGCGGCGCUCCGGAACAGCGGGUGGGGCGGGGAGGUCGAGCAGUACGAGACGCCCGGCGAGCGGCACGUCUACUUCCUGGACAGGCCCAAGGACCCCAACUCCGUCAAGGAGCUGGCCUUCGUCACCGGCUUCCUGAGCCGGGAGUAGCCAUGACUGGCCUAGCAGCUAGCGAGGCAGAUCAGGUCGUCGGCGUAGGUGCGCGAUCGCCAGGAUAGCGCUGCGCUGCGCUGCGCUGCGCUGCGGUAUAGUAUGAUUCAUAGUUUGAUUGAUACUAGUAGAUUAUCGGCAGAGUAGCAUGUUCUUAUUGUUUUCUUGCGUUUGGAUCUUCAAUUUUUGACGGGGUUCUCGAGAGGUCACGAACUGAUGAGGAUCUCGUUAAAUUUGGGGAUCUCGGAGGUUGGAACACCUCCUCUGUCACCGUGACUCCGUGCGGAAAGGUGCCUGCACCGCGAUACUUUCCGUGCCUGUAGAGGUCAGGAGAAUCAGGGAAAGUCGUUGCUGUGCUUGUCUGCUACUCUGCUUGGGCAGGAAAUGCUCUCCUCCGCUAGAAUCAUGUUCUGGGAUCCUGAUUGGUCAAGCUUUGGGUAUUCUUUCUGGUACUUCGGUUGUUCAAUUGUCACCGGUCACCGCUGCCUGUUAAAACCUCGCGACCAACACGCCGAAGUCCGUCAGCUCUUAUGUUUGGGUGCAGAGGACGCGAUGGGUAGGUAGCUGCCAUUGCUUUCGGCUGCAGGUAGGCGGCCAUGCUACGGACUCAUCAAGUCAUCAUACCUUGCAAAGGUGCUUUUCCUUCACGGCCAUGUAAUCCAGGAUGACAAACAAGCGUGAACACGGACUUUUCUGGCACUCGACAACACAAAAAAUGGACAACUGCCCAGCCAAGCGAAAGUACGACACAACGACGCCAUUUCACCCACCGUGACUUUCUUCAAAAAAAAACCACCGUGAAAGAUUACUUUUUUUUUGCCUUUUCCUUUCUUGUUGAGCGGCCUUGCCUAUCUGAAGGAACCAAGAAUCUAUCGAGGAUAAGUUGCAACACCCACGGCUCUAGUGUUUGACUAGUACUGCUAGUUUGCCUCUUCGUGAUGAGGCAAUGAUUGGCGACUAGAGAGGGCCAGGGCAAGCGCAAGUCCGAAUCAGAGACCGUGUACCAAUAAUCGCUCACUUGUGGGAGAAAAAAAAUUGAAUGGACAAAGUUUGGUUCGUCAAAUACUCCAGUGCGUCCAACGUUCUCCUCAUAUUGUAACAUCAAUGACAGCACGAAUUUUCAGCCGCAAC